GACUAAUAAAUGCUUUCUUCUGCUCCGACCUGGAAAUAACACUUCUCGACCUGAUGAGGAUGAAGUCGAUCAACAAUACGAAGGAAAAACCAAGAGGACAGAGACGCCGACGAAUCUAAAAAGACAAAGAAUAGGAUGAAGUUUUAGAAAAAAAAAAAACCUGAAGCGAGAGAGCGGAGAUUUGUGCUUCGCCUCUCUCCCUGCGUCCCUGUUAUUCCCUCUCUCCGGUCUUCGUCCCCUCCUUCAUUCAGUACCUGUUCUGUGGGAUUAACAUGACUUAAAAUUCAAUCAGCCCACAGCCUGACGGAAGAGCUUCAGUGCGGGCAGACAGAGCGCUGCUGCAGCUGUCGAGACCAACUGAGGGGAGAAAGCAGUGAGGAAGAGGACGAGGGGGGUUGGGAUAGACAGAGAGAGAGAGAGAUAGAGAGAGAGAGGAAUAAAAAAGAAGAGGUUGGAGAGAGAAAGACAGAGAGAGAGAGAGAUGGGUGUUUUUCUGCGGAGCUGAGAUAGAGCGAGAGGCGCUGAGACGGAGAGAUGUGACUGCUCCAGGAGUCGCAGUGGAAUGAUCCGGAAAACAAGAUUUCUAACAAUACGUCCACCUUGACAAUCCUGCUUCUCUGAAUUUCCAUCCAAGGUCAUAAGGAACGACUAAUUCAGUGCUGGAGAGCAAAUGUGCAGCACACUGAGCAGGCAGCAAAUCAGUUGUGGAAGUAGAGGGGAUGACAGAAAAGCAGAAGAAGAAUGAACAGGAGCAAAAACCAGGAGAGAAGGAGCAAAGUUAAGUACGGCCGUGAGGAAAUUGUACUUAGACGCCACAAAUUGGAUUUUUAGCGAAGUGGAUUCUUGGAUCUCUCUGCAAAUUUCAGAAUACGACGGUGAAAUUGAGCGAGUAAAUCAGGAUUUUCCAGGUUUUUCUUCAUCUAUGAAAGCCUAAGCGGAUAUCGUGGAAUUGAGAUUUCUUCAAUUCUCUGGUUGCCUGACGUUGACCUACAUCAGCCUUUCCUUUUUCUGAUGUGCGGAGGAGAGAGUGGGACAGGUUUCAUCAGUACAAACAACCCACCCAGCUCUGGGCUGGACUCGUAUCAGCACAAACACCUGAGGCGAGAUCUGAGACCGACACACAUCCCAUGAACACACACAAACCUAAACCUGGAUAACAUGUGGAGCUGAUUUGGAUUAUAGAGGCACACAGACGGAAAAGGUCUGUGGAAAGCCAGGCGAUCUACCAUGCUUGUCCCCCCACCCCUCCAUCCCUGCAGACAAAGACACCUGCCCCGCACACACCUCCACCCUAAACAGAGAGCAGAGGGAUCGAACCUUCCUUCUCUAUUCCCUUUAUCCAUCAUCUCUCUUUCAUUUCUACCCCCUAUCUUCAUCUCAUCAUUGUCCUCCUCAUCCCACCUCCUCCACUGUGCCUGCCCAAGGACUUCUACCAAGAGAACCCUUCCGGACUCAGUCACUUUCCCGUUUUUUCACUGGCUGACGCUGGUUACAUGCUGCCUGCUGCCCUCUCUGAUUGGAGCAGGGGAGACGUGGGGUGUAGUUUCAGCCUGCCCGUUUCACUGUGUGUGUCGAAACUUAUCGGAGUCGCUCAGCACGCUCUGCGCCGAUAAGGGCCUGCUCUUCGUACCGCCGCAUGUCGACCGCCGAACUGUGGAGUUGCGACUUGCUGACAACUUUAUAACAGAGGUGGGUGGGAAUGACUUCGUCAACAUGACCGGACUGGUUGAUCUUACUCUGUCAAGGAACACCAUCCACCUAAUUCGACCUAUGGCCUUUGCUGACCUGGAGAGUUUGCGCUCAUUGCACCUGGAUGGUAACCGCUUGACAACACUUGGACCCAAGGACCUUGCAGGUUUGACAAACCUGCAACACUUGAUAGUCAACAACAACCAGCUAGUAAAAGUCUCCGUCGAGGCUUUUGAUGACUUCUUGCUCACUCUAGAGGACCUUGACAUGUCCUACAAUAAUCUUAGGAGGGUACCAUGGGAGUCUAUUCAGAACAUGGCCAGUCUCCACACUCUGAACCUGGACCAUAACCUAAUAGACCAUAUAGCGGAAGGAGUCUUUGGAGAGCUUUAUAAGCUGGCACGGCUGGAUAUGACCUCCAACCGGCUCAGAACUCUGCCACCUGAUCCGCUCUUUGCAAGAUCACAGACGGGAGCGAUUAGUCCAACACCCUACAAUGCUGUCAUAAGCCUGAACUUUGGUGGGAACCCACUCCACUGCAACUGUGAGCUGCUGUGGUUAAGGAGGCUCAUCAGAGGAGACGACAUGGAGACAUGUGCCACUCCUGCACACCUGGCUGGAAGGUAUUUCUGGUCAAUCCCUGAGGAGGAGUUUACUUGUGAACCACCUCUCAUCACCCGUCACACCCACAAGUUGUGGGUGCUGGAGGGACAGCGUGCCCAACUAAAGUGCCGUGCCAUUGGAGACCCUGAGCCAAUAGUCCACUGGGUUUCUCCAGACGAUCGUAUUGUUGCUAACUCGUCCCGGACCGGCUCCUUCAGCAACGGGACCCUGGAUAUCCUGGUGACGGUCGCCCGGGAUGAUGGGGCAUACACAUGUAUUGCGAUAAAUGCGGCAGGUGAAGCGACCGCUACAGUGGAUUUGAAAAUAAUCCCCCUUCCUCACAGAGGCGGAGUCGGCGGAAACACCGGGGUUAAUGCCGUCAACGGCAAAAACAACAGGAAUGUGACCAAUGGGAUUUUACGGACGGAUCCAGGUUCAUCAGAUAUCAGCACGGGGAAAAAUGGAGGGAUUAACAAUGGCGCAGGACGGGGAGCAGAGGCCGAGGAUGGGAGUAUAGGUGAUGUGGAGGCCAACGAAGGGGAAAGCGGAAAGUCAUCCGAGGGAGAAAGGGCUGAUGGAGGAAGCAUGGAGAAUGACGAGGGAACUGAGGAGGAGGGCAAGAUGGUUGGAGUACAGGGAGUGACCUCCACUUCGGCUCAGGUGCGAUGGGAUUUGGGACGUCUGUCAGAAGCUUACAUUGUGUGGAUGUAUCAGAUACAAUACAACUGCACUGCCGACGAGACCCUCAUCUACAGAAUCCUCCCAUCAACUAGUGACCGUUUCCUGCUGAAGAACCUGGUUUCUGGGGUGGACUACAACCUGUGCGUGCUGGCCAUUUUCGAUGACACCAUCACCUCAUUGGCUGCAACAAAAGUACUCGGGUGCACCUCCUUCUCCACCAAGGAUGUUUACCCGGCUUGCCGGUCCCUCCAAGCCCACUUCCUGGGUGGAACACUCACCAUACUGGUCGGAGGUGUUGUUGUGGUCACCCUACUGGUGUUUACAGUGGCGCUCAUGGUCCGGCAUCGGGUUUGCAACCACAGCGACCACAUGUUCUGUCAUAAUGGCAACACCGAGGCUGGAGGUGGGGCCUGUUGCCAGGGUGGAGGGGUUGGAUGUGGAGAUAAAGGGGGAAACGGCGGUGGAUGCUAUCAAUCCAAUGGCUCUGGAGAUGUGAUGAUGGUGGUCCUUCCUAAUGGUCUACCAUCAAAGAGAGGAGGGGAGGCAGAGAAAGAUAAGGAGAGAGAGAAAGAUGGAGCCAAUUCUGCUUCCCCUCUGCCUCCAAAAGUUCCCCCAAAGCCCCGACAGAAGCCGAGAGUCAGCCUGGAGCAGUUUCUGUCAGCUGGAGGGGUAGUUUCCACCACUACAGGAAGUGAGAUGGCGUUGGUGGUAAGGCAAAGGAAGGCAAUGCCGCAAAACCUAGAAAGUGACAGAACACCCCUCUACUACUCCCCCUCUCCUUCAUCCACACUGCCCCGGAAGUCUCGUUCCAGGGACCGCCCAAAUCCGCGUCUGGAGCGAGAACUGACAAACCGAGCCAGUUUCUCUCUGGCUGCCCCCCUGAGAGACUCGGAGCUGUUGGACUGGAGAAUCACAGCCAGAGGCAGGGACAAAUGGAACUCCUCUCAGGCUUAUCAGAGCCCCGUGUCCCCUCUGAGCCCCGCCGGCGGGACUGUUGGCAAGCGGCGACACUCACUUGACAUGGGCUCCUCUGUUGCCUUAGCAACCGAUGCGGCAGCAACUGUUGCCAAGCGCUAUGGCGCUGUGAGCUGCGCCAAGCGGCUGAGCGUGAUCUGGACCAGACGGAGUCAGUCCCUGCAUGGGAUGCUGGUACAGUGCGCAUCGACGACGAGCACUGCCUCGUUGACGACCAGCGACAAGGGCGAGAGCGGAGGGGGCUUCGGUGGUCCCGAUUUCAAACGGGGAUACAUCCACGCCUACAACACCACCAACUCAAACUCAAACACUGGAACAGCUGGUGGGAAAGCAAAAGAGAGGAGCAAAGAGAAGGAGAAGGGUGGUGAAGAACUGGAAGAAAGUGUGGUAUAGUCUGGAUAAAGCAGAACAGUAAAAAGUCAAAGGCGGAUAAAGGCUUUUAAAUACAACAGUGAUUCGGGGAGGUGAUUAGAGGUAAAAUUAGGGGAGCGGAAAAUAGGGGAUGAAAGCAGGGAUCAGAAUGAGGGAGAGGAAUCAGACUGAGUCACAGCCAAUUUAUUUGCCCAGCAAGAAGUCCAGGAAAUUGCACAGAAGAUGGGAAGGAAAAAAUUUAAUUAAAUACUUAGGGAAAGAUGAAAAGAGUUAUAAUCAAAAAUCUAUAGGAAAAGGGGACAAACAUGGAGUCACAAAGAAAUCAAAUCAUAAAAAGCAUCAGAAAGGUUUUAUGAGUCUAAUAAGUGUGAGAUCAGCUUAAAAUCACAAAGUUAGCUUCACCAUCACAUCAGUUCUUUAAAGUUCAUCCACUCACCAACUCAACAAGCACCAUGAAGUGGAUUUAAACUGGAUCAAAAUGAUGCCACUGCUGGUAAUACUGGAGAAACCCCUUUUUGGGCUCCAAAACAUCUGGAGCCUACUGAGCUAUUUUGGCUUCUGCUUCUUACACAGGCCAAAUUUCUGAGACGCCUUUUCCCAAAAGAGAAGAAAAAGAAAGCAAUGAAUGUGAAUGAUGUGCCCCUGUGUCCAGGUGAAGAUUUCUGGCCGGCGGUGCCUGCAGAUUACAGGAGUAUAAAUACAGAGCCUGGUGCAAUGGACAUGACCAGUCAAUAUGGGGCUGGAAAAAAACCGGAGAUGAUGGGAGCACAGAUGUUAAAAGAAAAAUAUUGGGAUCACAAUCAAGUCUAUAUGGAUUACAAAAUGGAGGAGAUGGGGGCAUGAUGGAACAUGUGAGUGUCCAUUUGUGAAAGAUCCUACUGCAUGUUGGAUAAUGGAAAAAAAGGAUGUUAAUGGUUGCAUAACUGUGGAUGCAGUGAUGAAACAGAGACUGGAUGUGUAUUUUCAGACAGGGUCAAUCCAGUAACACGCCAUCAGUUUAUAAAAAAAAAUGUUUAGUGCUUUCUGGGCAUGCGUUAGAAAGCAGUAAUUUGCACAAUUAUGAUAAAAGGUGGUCUAUCCAAACCUAAGUGCAACGUUUAAAAGUGCAAACAGAUAACUUCACCACCGUAGCAGCGUCAGAGAGCACAAACUGGUGAAGAAAAAUCACACAUUUCAAACUAAUUUUGUGAGACUUUUAGACUUAUUUGUGUCACAUGGGUUUAAAAGGUUAAAACCAUACUGAUGAAUGUCAGCUAAGAGACAGAAAAUAAAUUACAGAAUCACUAAUCUCAUUCAAAGACUCGCUCCAGAGACUUUUAAUUGCUUUUAAAAAUAAAAAAUGAAGAGAAAACUUGAAAAUACAAAUAUAUAUAUAUAUAUAUAUAUGGUAUAUAUAUAUAAAAUGUUACUUGUUGCACCAUGUGUUUCUGUUUUUCUGAGGAAUGAUGUUAGGAGCAGAAUUUGAAGAGUGUGAUUUCUUUUUGUUCCUUUUAAAAACGAUGAUACAUGAAUAGAACAAAACACGUCAAUACUUGACAAAUAGUGAAGCUCAAAAGGACAAUAAAUAAGCACACAGAACAAAGAGAAACUGGUAAACAUGUGCAUCCCAGUACACAGACUCAAACUGAUGCCUAUAGAAACAGAGCCAAUUAGAUUUAUAAUGUUGAAUUUUACUCAACAAUGUUUUUUUUUUUUUUCCUGUUUUAUCAUUUCAUUUUGCCAAAGUCAAUAUUGUUCUCUGGACUUGAUAUAAAUAAAACUUACAUGUAUGGAAAAGA